GGCUCUUGGCGGGCCGGUCCGGUCCCGAGAUGGCGGCGCGGUGGCUGUGGGCGCUGCUGGCGGCGCUGCGGGCGGGCUGGUGCCUGCUGCCGCAGGCCGGCUACCUGCACCCCGACGAGUUCUUCCAGUCACCCGAAGUCAUGGCAGGAGAUAUUUUAAACCUACAGGUCUAUUACCCUUGGGAGUUCCUUUCCAGCUCUCCUUGCAGAACAGUUGUUUUCCCAUUAAUGACAUCUGGAGUUACCUACUGGGUGGUCAAGUCUUUGCAGCAGCUGGACUUAUGUUCAAGUUGCAUCAACAGCUACACCCUUCUUGUAUCACCUCGCCUUCUCUUUACAAUCUUUUCUUUUGUACUUGACUAUAGCGUGUAUCGAUUAGCUCCUUCCUGGGAAGCAGAUCCAUGGAAAGCGCUGGUACUUCUGGCUGGAUCGUAUGUCACUCUGGUAUUUUACACAAGAACAUUUACAAACACGCUUGAAGGACUUCUCUUUGCUCUUCUCUUGGUAUUGGUUUCCUCCAACAAAUCUGACAGCAGCUCAGUAAAGCCUACAAGCAGCCCUCUCAUAGGUAUUGUAACAACUGCUGGGUUUUUCAAUAGGCCAACCUUUUUGGCAUUUGCACUAAUGCCCCUGCUUUACUGGACAGGUUUAAAUGUUGACUCCCAAAAGAGCAUUAAAACUAUCAUAAACCCCUUAUUGAAGCUAAUCACAUGUGCAUGUUUUACUGCCAUUGUUUUUGUAACAGCUGACACCUUAUAUUUUACCUCUGUGGGCUUAGACAACUUUUACAGCAAUAAAAAGAACAGCCUAUUUGAUGUAAUAGCUCAAUUGAAUCACAAAAUGGUAGUAACCCCUUUAAAUUUUCUCAGCUAUAAUCUCAAUCCUCAUAAUCUUGCGCAGCAUGGAACUCACCCACAAGUAACGCAUUUUACAGUCAAUGGAAUAAUGCUCUUUGGGAUCUUACAUAUUCUGGCCAUUGGUGCUGGUUUUAAAAUGGUAAAGAAAUACAUCUAUCAAUUAAUGUGGGUCAAAUCAUACUAUCGUGGGUCACCUAGGGUGUUUGUGCAUUCUGAGGGCAAUCCAAAAUUACUGCUGUUUUAUUUUGUUCCUUUGGCAUUCCUCUCCCUGUUCAGUCACCAAGAACCUCGUUUUCUCAUUCCUCUCAUCUUGCCAUUAGUCCUGUUCAGCACAUCACAGAAUAGAGCUAUGAAGUGGAAACCUGUCAUUAUUAUUUUCAAUGUUCUUGGGGCUUUGGUGUUUGGGUGGCUACACCAGGGGGGCCUGAUACCAUGUUUGUUUCACCUGGAACAUCUCAUGCAUUCUCCAGGGUCCUCAAACCAUACAAGACACUAUACUCUACUCUUUGCUCACACCUACAUGCCUCCUAGGUCUCUGCUUAAUAUCAAAAAAAAGGACACACAUAUAGAAGUAAUUGAUAUGGCUGGAUCUGAAGAAGAAACCCUCUGCGAAACAGUAGGGCAGCAAGCAAAAAAUUUUACCUGCAAUCACUGCCAUUUAUUUGUUAUAAUCCCUGGAACAGUCAGAGCCACAAUUACCAAGUGUGGUCUCUCGUUCAAGAACGAGACUUUGAUCUUUCCACACUUAUCAAUGGAAGACCCACCACAAAUAUCCUUCCUCUUCAGUGAAAAUUGGAGAAGUCAGCUAGGACUAUACAUCCUUCAGCUAGGCAGAGAUCAUCAGAGCCCUUAGAUGUUAGAACAAUGUGAUAGUUUUUGACCGCACUUUGACUCUGCACAAAUGUGCUGUCAGACCCCCCUUGUCACAGUCCCAUGCUCAGUAUGGGCAGUGCCUAUGAGCUCCCUGAUUCUCUUAAUUCCCUUUCUUCAUGCUCGUACACUCCUCAGGAUAGCCAGCUCUUGCCAGAUGCGAGUCAUUCAGUCCCUGUGGUGUUUCUUAAGAACUUGUGUAAUUUUCCUGAUGAGAGAGGGUGAACUCAGAGUCCACAAAAACUGUCAUUCAAGCUUAGCUCUUUUCAGGUGAGAUAUACUUUAAAAGUUCUUACAGACUCGGAUAGAGGGCUUGUGGACUGUGUUGCUGAUAACAGAGAUUAAUGCUGCUGCUGCUGGAGAGAGGUUACUGGACUAGGCAGAAUCUCCUCGCUCUCAUUAGACCAGACUGCAGUCACAAAACAGGCAUCAGCAUCAUGAUAUUAUUGUCUGAGGUGCUCUUAGGUGGUUCUGUCUUGAAAAAUCCCCAGUAUUGAUCUAACAGAAUCUGACUUAGAACUCGGAGGUUGCUUCAGCAUAGGCACUUAUGCUAAAUCCUAAAAUCCAAGCAUUGUUUUUGCCAGUUUCAUUCCUGUGGAAAUUCUGCACAAGUCUUACACACAGCAACACAAGGUCACUGGUUGACGUGACUAAGCCUGUCUGCUGCUUAGCUCCUGAAGUGGGGCAGGUCCUUUUUGCAUUCCAGGUGAGCCUCACAGCUUUCAUUGCUCUUGGGUGGCUCUCUGCCCAGUGAUGCUUGAUUCAAGGAGCUGCGCAGACAGAAAACUGGCACCUUGGGGGGGCUCAAUUCCUUUUAUGCAGUUGACCAGAUGGAUCUCUGAACUGGUUGAUGGCAAGGUUAGAGAAGCACCAGUUCUGUUGCAGGGGUGUGUGGAGGUUACCAGGGAGGAGUCACAUUCCCUGUUCCCCCCUCACCUUUCAGUGCCAACUCCUAGCUUAGUCAGAAUGACGGAUCACAGCCCUGGUGCCCUAAUAGAGACCAGUUU